GAUCAAUAUCCAUUCCAGAUUUUGAUAAUCUCAUUCUCUCUCCGCCUAUACAUACACACCUCUCAUGUAUCUAUACACCACCGUGCCACAGUAAUGUCGACGGCCUUACAGAGGACCACCUCCGCUGGCGGCGAUCACCGGAUCGAGCUCAAAGGGUUUGGCCACCGCAGCAUGGCGUCAUCUCCCUCAGCCUACAACCCACCGAAGUUUUCCGCCGUUGAUCGGAAUUUCCCGGCGUCGCCAGAGUUGGAGGCUGAGGAUCAUGGAGAUUCGUUAUCGUCCUCAAUCAUCUCUUCGAUUGGGAAAAACAGCGACGAUUCCACGGCCGGCGCAGGAGGAGAUGGGGAGGAGGUGCAGAGUGAGUAUAAGGGAGGACCACUGGACAGCUUGGAUGCUUUGGAGGAAGUUUUACCGAUGAAAAAAAGCAUAUCCCAGUUUUACAGUGGGAAAUCAAAAUCUUUCACCAGCCUGUCGGACGCUGCAGCUUGUCCAUCCAUCGACGAAAUCACUAAACCUGAGAAUGCGUACACCAGGAAACGCAAGAACUUGAUCGCCUUCAAUAAUAUCCUGGACAAGAAUCGCAACAGCUUCAUGCGAGGCACUAAGGGCGGAAUAUCAAAAAGACCCAACAGCUGUAGAAGCAUGCUGGCGCUUGCAGCUGCUGCAAACGUCUCUGAAGCCAACUCUGCUGAGACGUCUUGCUCCUAUUCGACUUCACAUGGCUCCUGCCGACCUCCUUUGCCGCCACAUGUAAGACGAGCUUUGCAGCCUGAGCCUUUGGUACCUCCCCCUGCUGAUAAGCUUUCUUCUUGUCGGUCUUUCUCCUUGUCUGAUCUCCAAGUUGCUGAUGCGGAUGAGGAUUCUAAAGCCAGUGUUGCUGGAUCAUGGAUCAAUAAUAGGGACCACAAUAAUAUAAAAUAAAUCUUGCCUUACUGUUUCAUGGGUUGUCCAAUACGUUCACACUAUGAUUUAUGUUCAUGGAAGUGGACUAACUUGUAACCUCUUUUUCCCCCUUCCCCUUAAAUUUAGUUUCACGUAUUUCUGCCCAAUAUAGUUAUAGGCAUGUCCAGUUCCUACGGCAGUUUCAGAAUGUAAUGACUGAAAUAUAUAAUUUAGUGUUUGCUUCUGACCCUGCUCUGUUAUAUAUACGCAUAGGAUACCUGUAAAUGCCAUUUUUCUUGUAGUAACAGUCCAUUGAAAGUUAUUCGAACAGUCAUGUAUGUGGUUGUGUGUGAGAAGGUCGGUAUUGCUGAACCAUUGAACUAUUCUUGAAAGGUUGGCUGCUGCUACUUUUGGAGUCUGCUCGCUAUGAGAGAAGCUCGUCUGAACUGAUUGCCAGAUGCAUGUUGGUUGCUACUAAAACUGCUCAGCUUUUGAGAAAGCCAGUGGGACUAGAACAUACGAAUUCCAAAUUGCUUAAAAAAUAUAAGCAGCAUUGAGGAGUGGAGUUGAUGAGCUAUGAUCAUGUAUUCUCCAUUGACCUUCUCACAUAAGGUGUUGACUUUAACCUGAAAGUCAAAGAUGCACAAACAAGUGGCGACAGGUUAUUAACGGAACUGCUGGUUGCUUUAACGGAAUUUCAGGUUGCUUUAACCUUAUCGAAAAAGUCGUUGGCUUUGGUAUGUAAAGAAUUUGUGCCCUGAGUUUUUGGACACUACACGUGUUGGCUUAUAAGGAUAUCCGGAUGUUUAUUGGGUGUAGACGAUCUAAAGUAUAACGGUAAAUCUAAUCUUGUUAAUCAUGUAGGUGU